AUGUCGAAUUUAUUAGAAUGGAUUAACAGGGACAAUAUGAGCUUUGUUCAUAAUGGCAACCAUCAGAAUACCCAAGGUACUGUUGACUUUAUGUUUAAAAACCUUGAAAAAGAAUGUCUCCAGUUGAAAAAGAUUCAAAUUGAAAACCAAUACUUGAGAGAAUGUCUUAGGUGCGAACAAGUGCCUAAAGGACUUAGACAUUGGUGUUUUCCUAAUGGCUUAACUUUCAACAGUGAUUUACAUAAAGAUCUGGUUGUUUUAUUCAAUCGCCAGGGAUGUGAACUGUUACAAUUGCUGGUUAAUGACAAUGAGAAAAAAUUUCUUGUUUUACAAGAUGUUGUGAACAAAUUAGAUGCUAGUAUUAAGAAUUAUGUUAAUUUUUCUAACAAGCUCAAUGAAUACAAUACUAUUUUUGUUAAUAUUGACAAGGUUAUGGACAAAAUUAAAGAAAAGAAGAAUAAGAAAUUGUUAAGGGAUGCUAAAGAUUAUGAAAGUGGUGUAGCUUAUCCCUUAAGUGUAAAUGGUCAUGUUAACUAUGGUACCACUAACUCUAACAACAAUAAUGAUGUUUUUAUUGACAAGGGUAUGGUUGAAUCAGAGUAUCAAGGUAGUAUCAAGAUUUUGGGAGCUCUUCUGUCUGUGUUGUCUAUCUGGGUUGUGACUGGUGUCCUGGUGUAUUUGGCUGCUGAAAGAAUCAUCAGCAACAAUUUUGAGAUAGAAGGAGAAGUUAUGCUGAUCACCUCGGGCUGUGCUGUUGCUGUUAACAUUAUAAUGGCAGUCACUCUUCAUGACUUUGGCCGUCAUCAUCAUGUACACAGCCACAGUCAUGGCCAAAAAGAGAAGUCAUCCUGUCACGGCAGUAACCACAGCCAUGUCCAAAAUCCCAGUGUCCGUGCAGCUUUCAUACACGUGAUGGGUGACCUUCUGCAAAGUCUGGGAGUCUUAGUAGCAGCAAUUGUAAUAUUUUUAAAGCCAGACUACAAAAUUGCCGAUCCUGUUUGUACUUUUGUAUUUUCUGUCUUGGUUCUGGGAACAACGAUAACCAUUCUCAAAGAUGUCCUCAGAGUUCUUAUGGAAGGCACACCUCGUGGUGUGAACUUCAAUGAAGUGAGAGAUGCUCUUCUAUCAGUACAUGGAGUGAAAGCAGUGCAUAGUUUGCAUAUCUGGGCUCUGACAAUGAAUCAGCCAGUGUUAUCGGUUCACAUUGCUAUCAAUCAGGAUGCAGAUGCCCAGGUGGUUUUGAAGGAGGCCAGCAACCUGCUGCAGAGACAGUUUGAUUUCCAUACUACUACAAUACAGAUUGAAAAUUACUCCGAUGACAUGAAAAACUGCAGGAACUGUCAAGAACCCAAAGACUAGACAUUCACAUGUUGGACUUAUUUCUGACCUUAAACUCUGGACUGAGACAAAUGGUUAUUUUUGCAACAGUUAUGUCUCCAGCCAGCUAAGGGGAAAAAUAAUUUGUCAUACUUGCCAAGUUACCUUUGAAACAAAUCUACUCAUACUGCAGCUGUGUAUCACAAUGAGCAUUACACCACUGGUGAGGCUUAAUCUGAUACGGAGCUCUUUGGAGGAAAGCAUCUGCUCAUCUUUUUAAGGGGGAUGUAUCCUGCUGUGUUGCAGACGUAGUAACCUAAGACAUCGUGAAGGCCCUUUUUUUUUUAUCGUAGUUCACUUUUUAAUUUUUUUUUUUUUUUUGUCUAACAGUGACUGCACAGAAAGGAAACAGUGUUCCCAGAUGAGGAAGACUGCAAUUCCCAAACUAGUGCAUCAAACCAAAUGGUAUAUAUUUUCAAAAUAUGUGGUUAAAGUAUUAUUUCCAUUUGGCCAUAAUUAGUCAAUCUCUCCAUGAAUUAGCCAAAUGAAUCGUGCAUUUUUAAAUUCAGAGCAUUAUUUGAUUUUUGUAUCCACACCCCAGCUGGAAGGAGGGCUGAUAUGACGGGCAUAAUCCAAAUAAUAAGUAAAAGUUAAGGUGGAAAGAUGUCCAGCUGACUCUAGGAGUGAAGUUAGAGACUAUAGUUCAGCCUGCUGUCUACCCCUAGAGGGGUGUGCGCAUCACCUCAGCAUCACAGGAGAAGAGAACUAGAUAAGAGUGUGUGCAGUGUGAAGAUAUGGUUUAGUCUGUUCCACUCUAGAGCUAUUAGUAAGUUCACUUUUACAUGCCCAGUAACCACAGCAUACAUCACCUAAUAACAGAAGUGUUUGAAGUGGAUAAGUAACCCGUUUGGUGAGUGUUGCUGGCAUGUUUCAUUUGUCAGACAAAGGUUAUUAGCGGGUUAAUCUACUGUGACACAAAAAGAACAAAAUGUUUAAAACAGAAAAUGUAACUAUCAGUAAUGACAAAACCCAAACAUGUAUCUUUUAGUGAUCUUCAAAACUGCUUUCUUACUGAAAACAUAUUAUCAAUUUUGAUGUCGGAAUUUGUACAUCAUUUUAAUAAGGACAAAUAAACUUUAUUUAACUAUCA